AGGGUAACCCUCGCCGUGUACCAAAUAUUGGCUUGCGAAGGUGCAGAGAAAGUCGUCCCGAAGGGCACCUUCCACGAAAUUUUGGUUUGGUAACGCCUUUACCAAUGUUCCGCUCAGAACUCGGGCAGCGAAGGUCAUAUGUGCUCCAUGUUUUGAGCAGAUCACAUUCCUCGGAAUCCAAUACCUCUAUCUCUUAGUUAUGAUCACUCCAAAUCAAGAGCCAUCAUCAUCUUCUGGAUCAUCCUCCAGCGAAUCAACUUCCCAUCAUUACGAUGUUUUCCUGAAUUCCACAAGCGAAUCAACAUUCACUACCAUUCUCUGCGAUGCUUUGCACAACAAGGGAAUCGACAAAAUCUUCGUCGGCCCCAAUAAACUGAGAGAAAGGAAAAGAAAGAGGAAAAGCAAACAAGUUUUUGCAUCACCUGAUCCUCUUAGUGCGAUUGAAAAAUCAAAGGUUUCUAUUCUUGUGUUCUCUGAGGAUUAUGCUUCUUCCGCUGAGUGCCUUGAUGAGCUCGUCAAGAUUAUGAAGUGCAGUAGGAAAAAGAAGCUUGUGGUUUUUCCGAUCUUCUACAAAAUAGAACCGACGAUUGUUCGGCAUCAGAAAGAUAAGUAUGAAGAAGCCAUGGUUGCUCAUCAACAGAGCUUCGGAGACGAACAGGUUCAGAAAUGGAAGUCGGCGUUGAACGAAGCCGCCGGUUUGUCCGGAUGGCAUUUUGUUGAAGGAUCUGAAAAUGACUUUGUUGAGAAGAUUGUUGAAGAGGCAUUUUCCAAGUUACCGCCUAAACGCUUACAUAUUGGGGAGCACAUAGUUGGACUCGACGCUUGCAUAAAAGAUGUCACUUCACUUCUUGAUGCCGUGUCUAUUUUAGGAAUUCAUGGAACUGAAGGAGUUGGCAAAACUACACUUGCUAAAGCUGCAUAUAAUUCAGUUGUCCCCCAAUUUGAAGAGGCUUGUUUUCUUACUGACAUAAGAACAGCUCCUAAAGGAAGCAAAGGCAUGGUACGUCUUCAAAAGACGCUUCUAUCAGAUAUUCUUGAUGAGAAGAAAAAGUUCAAGUUAAGAAGUGUUGAAGAAGGGAUCUCUAAGAUAAAGCAGAGGCUAUGCCAUGGAAGGGUUCUUCUUGUUCUUGAUGACAUAGAUGAGAUGGAACAAUUAGAACAACUUGCGGGAGGUCGUGAUUGGUGUGGAAAUGGCAGUAAAGUGAUCGUGACAACAAGAAAUAAGCAAUUACUGAUUGCUGGUCAUAUUGAUGAAUAUGGAAUGAAGGAGCUAAAUAACAAUGACUCCCUUGAGCUUUUCUCUCGAUAUGCCUUCCACUUGGACAAACCCCCAGCGGAUUAUGAAGAAAUCUCCAACCAUCUGGUGAGUUAUGCACAAGGCCUUCCUUUGGCUUUGAAAGCUAUGGGCUCUAAAUUGAAAAAUAAAAGCAUGGAGGCAUGGAAAUGUGCAUUGGAUCAAUUGGAGAAACUUCCAGAAAGGAAGGUUGAAGAUGUUCUCAAAAUAAUGGGAAAGUAGGAUGCUGGAGAACAGCUAAUGGUUGUUCUUCUUUUGUCCACGGAAUUUCUAUGAAGAAUGCUACUCUCGAGUCCACAGUUAAGGAUUCAUUUCUUUUUCACCCUGCUUGAAUGUUUCUGAAGUGUCAGUUUUGUCAGCGAUACAAAAUUUCAUCCGUGAUUUAUAUUUACUUAAUAUACAGAUUUUUGUCCAGAACUUAUUUAAUAAAACAACUACCUCAAAUUUUGAUUGUUUUGUUCGGUUGCUUAGUCAAAAAGGAUAGGAGUAGGGCUUUUCUCGCUUUGAAUCACUUUGUAUUGAUGGGGAAAAGCCCAUCUGCCUGUGACUUCAUUGAAGACUGAUUAGAAUCAAGGGGCUGGCCCCAAAGACUUCAUGGAUUUGGAAAUGCCAGGCUACCUUGAUGCUUCAAUGGCAAACCCUUAAGUUUCCAGGGACAAUAUGCAUGUGAAACGACUUCUUGGGUCCAGGGAAAGGAGAAAAGUGGCCAUUAAGACAAGUUUGUAAAGACUUUCAGGGAGGAGGAUGCAGUGCAACAACUAUAUAGCGAGGCCUUUGGGUAGCUACAAAUGAAUAGUGCAAUUAAAUGGCAUAUGAAGUGAAGCUGACUUGGAUGCUGAAAAGAUCGCCUUUAUACUGAGAUAGCAAUGAUGAAGGCCUUAUGGGGCAUGAAAGGCAAGCUGCUAAUGUCAAGCUAGCUUGUACAGGAAUGCAGUUGAGUUACAUGCUUUUGCUUCAAGCUUUACUCUUCAAGCUUCCGAGGUUGAAUUUGAGUUACAAGGAGGGUGAAAGAUGGAUUGUGGCAUUGUGCAUGUCAUCCGUAGAUCAAAGCUUGAUGCAAAACUAAGGCAGCUUUUAAAGAUUUGGUUUGGCAGAUGGGUUGCAUUAUUAUGAUGAGUGAGAAAAUUCUACUUGAGAUCAUUAUAAUCAAUCAUUUCACAAUUAGUGUGUGUGUAUAAUUAAAUAUCAGAAUCAGCAACAACAAAAAAAUGCUCAGGCAUCGUUGUUUUUGGGAGCUUUGAUGAUAAUAGAGCCCCGUUUAAAGGACAAAAGCCAAUUCUGUGACUCUUGUUUCUGCAGCCUCUAUAUAUAAGCUUAUUCUCCGGACCAUGACAAUACAUAACUAUGGUUCACUAAA